UGCAUUGCCACUCAAAGCAGCAGUUACACCGAAAAUCUCAAGCCUAACGCACAUCAAUUGCAAUCGAAGUGAAAGUUCAAAAUGCGUCUCUUGAUUGUGGCGCUAAUCGGCGUGCUUUGCAUCGCCUACACAUAUGCCGCAGCUGCUGGAAGUGCCGCUGAAGUCGAGGAUAAUGCACCGAUCACGCUGCUCGAUGUGGCCGAAGGAGAACAAUACGACGCCAACGAUGCCAGCAGACAGGCCCGCAGUUGGGGCUGGGGAGGACGCGGCUGGGGCGGCGGCGGCUGGGGCGGAGGCUGGGGAGGACGAGGAUGGGGCGGCGGCGGCUGGGGAGGACGAGGAUGGGGUGGCGGCUGGGGUGGUGGCUGGGGAGGACGUGGUUGGGGAGGCGGCGGCUGGGGAGGACGAGGAUGGGGAGGCGGCUGGGGUGGCUGGUAGAGCUAUGCACUCUGGACAUAGCAAAGCUAACCAAACUGCCUUGCCUUGCCUACCUGCCAACGUCCUGGAGCGUUUAUGUUAAACUUGUAUGUAAAAUGUUUGUCAGUUUUGUGUGUGUAAAUAAAGAACAUUCCGAAAAAAAA